AUUGUGGUGUUCAUUUUUCGGUGCUGUAAAGAGGUAGCAACUUAACCAUGGGACCUGGCGGACCAGGGGGUCCUGGUCCUGGAGGACCCGGACCUGGCGGGCCUGGUUGGGGCCCUGGACCCGGCGGGCCUGGUUGGGCUCCUUUCCCUGGUGGACCUGGUUUCUCUGGACCGGGUGGCUUCUUUGGUGGAUUUGCAAAUGGUUUAUGUAGCCUCAUAUCAUCAUGCUUCUAUUGCUUGUGCUGUUGUUGGUUGCUGCAAGAUUGUUUUGGUGGUCCACCCGGCCCAGGCCUAGGCCCAGUUGGGCCUCCUCGUUUCUGAUUAGCGGAGUUCAAAGAUUUGGAUGCUGCUC